UUGAGCGGCUGUGCUGGUCAAAUGUGAUGGACCAUGGUGAGCAGACAGCUACUAUCAUUUUCUGUUGAUAAAUUUUGAUUUCAGGUUUUGGGGGGCAAGUGACAAUGAUGCAUCAUGCAAGAAUAAGGAACAAGGCAGCAUUCGGCAUCUGUGACAAUAAGAUAUUAAGAUCUUAUUUUAGUGAGUGGGACAGGCCAAAUCAAACUUGAAGUGAUAAUAAUAAGUCCGAAGUAAAUAGUGAAUAUCAUAAUUCCACUUCCCACAUGUAAUUCUGAAAUAAAGAAUCUUCUUACGUAUUCAUGCAAGUGUUCAAAUUUUUACCGGUUAGAAGGGCCCUAAGUUCUAUAUAUAUAAAUUGUUGAACGUGUAGGAAAAAAUAAUUUGUAAACAUGAUCAAAUCCAAACUGAAGGGAGAUUUUAUUGAAUAAAUCAUAAACCUUAUCAAAAAGCCAAAGACAAUCAAUCACAAACUGAAAGCGUUAACUUCUGAAAGGCAAAUUUAUUCUCAAGAGAUUCUCUUUCAGUUCUUUUUUCGUUAGGUUCUUCUUUUUUGAUAUAGAAGUAAAGCUUGAUGCUAUGAGGAGUCUUGAAACCAUGGGUGUUUUUGUUUUCUAAAACAGCCAGAUCAUCUCUCUCCAAUUCCUACCAGUCCCAGAUAUUUGAAGUUUUUGGAGGGAAACCAAACAAUGCAACCCAGAAAUGAACCUUCAAGCCCAUCUCAAACCCGCCAUCUUCUCUCCCAAAACUCCAAACACACAUGCUAGUUUCUUUCUACCUCCCUUCUUCUCACUCACCAAUUCCAUCUCUGUCCUUUACUCCACUGCACCAUUGUCGUCUUCCUCGUCUUCCUCCUCCUCUCAAUGGUUCUCUAUUCUUCGCACUGCUGUUUCAACAUCCAACUUGGUUCUUGGGAAGUGCACGCAUGCUUGCAUUUUGAGGUCCGGCCAAAACUCCGAUCGUUUUUUAACCAACAAUCUUAUCACUGUCUACUCAAAAUGCGGGUCACUAUCUUAUGCCCGCCGCCUGUUCGAUAAAACACCCGACCGAGACCUUGUUACAUGGAAUUCCAUCUUAGCUGCGUAUGCACAUUCGGUCGAAUCUGAAAUUCAUAAUAUCCGGGAGGGUUUUCAUCUUUUUUCCCUUCUUCGUACGAAUUUUGUUUCAACUAGUCGAUUGACCAUUGCACCGAUGUUGAAGCUGUGUUUGCAUUCUGGCUAUAUUUGGGCUUCUGAGGCUAUUCAUGGUUACGCGGUCAAGAUUGGUUUGGAGUGGGAUAUGUUUGUUUCAGGAGCUCUUGUGAAUAUAUAUUCAAAGUUCAGGCGGAUUAGAGAAGCCAGGGCUUUAUUUGAAGAGAUGCCAGAAAGGGAUGCUGUGUUAUGGAAAGUGAUGUUGAAGGCUUAUUUGGAAGUUGGUCUUGAGGAAGAAGCACUUACUUUCUUCUCAGCGUUUCAUCGCAGUGGGCUGCAUCCUGACGAUAUCACAGUGCGAUAUCUUCUCAGUGGGAUUUCAGAUAAUGGCUCUUAUAUAACCCGGAGGUAUAUGGAGCAAGUCCAAGCCUAUGCAGCUAAAUUAUUUUUACAUGAUGAUGAUUCAAAUGUAAUCAUGUGGAACCAGAUCAUGUCGGAGCAUCUUCAAGUUGGCGAGUAUUUGGCUGCUCUUGAGUGCUUCACAAAUAUGAUCAGGUCAAGUGUAGAAUAUGAUAGUGUGACGUUUGUUGUAGUUCUAGCUGCAGUUGCAUAUCUAAACUAUUUAAAGUUGGGGCAACAAAUUCAUGGUAUGGCUUUGAAAUCGGGUUUUGAUUUGGUUGUUUCUGUUGGAAAUAGUCUUAUCAAUAUGUAUUCUAAAAUGGGAUAUGUCCAGUUUGCUGAGAAAGUAUUCUCUGAUAUGAAAGAGUUAGAUCUGAUAUCAUGGAAUUCAAUGAUAUCCAGUUAUGUGCAGAGUGGUUUGGAAGAGGAGUCGGUGAAUCUAUUCAUUGAUCUUUUAUGCAGUGGUUCAAGACCAGAUCAUUUCACCUUAACAAGUAUUCUAAAGGCUUGUUGUUCGCUUUCAGGAGGCAUCUAUCUAAAUAAACAGAUCCAUGUUCAUGCAAUAAAAAUUGGCAAUGUAACCGACAGUUUUGUCUCAACUUCUCUGAUUGAUGUGUAUUCUAGAAACGGAAAUAUGGCAGAUGCAGAGCUCCUAUUUGAUAAUAAAGAUGGGUUCGAUCUGGCAACUUGGAAUGCAAUGAUGUUUGGCUAUAUCUUGAGUAACAAUGGUCAUAAAGCAUUGGAACUCUUUACUCUAAUGCAUGAAAGUGGAAAGACGUCAGAUCAGAUCACAUUAGCAACAGCUGCCAAGUCAUGUGGUUGCUUGCUUGCGUUGGAAGGAGGGCAGCAAGUUCAUGCUUAUGCGGUCAAAUCUGGAUUUAACUCAGAUCUAUGUGUCAGCAGUGGUAUUUUGGAUAUGUAUGCAAAGUGUGGAGAUAUGGUGGCUGCACACCUUGUUUUCAAUGGUAUCCCGGUGCCAGAUGAUGUUGCAUGGACAACUAUGAUCUCAGGAUGUAUAGACAAUGGGAAUGAAGAUCAUGCUCUUACCACAUACCAUCAAAUGAGGCUGUCAGGGGUCUUACCUGAUGAAUAUACCUUUGCAACACUUAUCAAAGCCUGCUCCUGUUUAACAGCAUUAGAACAAGGGAGACAAAUUCAUGCAAAUGUAAUCAAAAUGGGAUGUGCUUCAGACCCUUUUGUAGGAACUUCUCUUGUUGACAUGUAUGCUAAGUGUGGAAAUGUAGAAGAUGCAUAUGGCUUAUUUAGGAAAGUAACUGCGAGGAGGGUUGCAUUGUGGAAUGCCAUGUUGGUGGGUUUAGCUCAACAUGGAAAUGGGGAGGAAGCACUCAACCUUUUUAAAUUGACUACCCUUGGCCUUGAACCUGAUAAAGUUACCUUCAUUGGGAUCCUUUCUGCUUUUAGUCAUUCUGGUUUAGUUUCUGAAGCUUAUGAGCACUUUUACUCAAUGCAAAAAUAUUACGGCAUUGAGCCUGAGAUAGAGCAUUAUUCAUGUCUAGUCGAUGCUCUUGGACGUGCAGGACAUGUUCAAGAAGCAGAGAGGCUGAUUGCAUCCAUGCCUUUUGAAGCUUCUGCCUCAAUGUACAGAGCCUUGCUUGGUGCCUGUAGGGUUAAGGGAGACACAGUAACUGGCAGUGGGGUGGCUGCUAAACUACUGGCUUUGGAGCCAUCUGACUCAGCAGCGUAUGUUCUGCUGUCCAACAUUUAUGCCGCUGCCAACAAAUGGAAUGGGGUAAAUGAUGCUAGAAAAAUGAUGAAGAAGAAGAAUAUAAAGAAGGAUCCAGGAUUUAGUUGGAUUGACAUAAAGAAUAAAGUUCAUUUGUUUGUGGUAGACGAUAGAUCACAUCCACAAGCUGAUCUGAUUUAUGAAAAGGUAGAAGAUCUGAUUCAAAGAAUUAAAGAAGCAGGAUAUGUCCCUGAUACAGAUUACGUGCUGCUCGAUGUAGAAGAAGAGGAAAAAGUGCGAGCUCUUUAUUAUCAUAGUGAAAAGCUAGCAGUAGCCUAUGGUCUCAUAAGCACUCCUCCGCUUACACCAAUCCGGGUAAUAAAGAACCUUCGUGUUUGUGGGGACUGUCACAAUGCAAUCAAGUACAUAUCAAAGGUUUGUCAACGAGAAAUUGUGUUGAGAGAUGCAAAUCGCUUUCAUCGAUUCAAAGAUGGAAUUUGCUCUUGUGGCGAUUAUUGGUAGCAUCAAACUAAACUGUUUUGGAAAUAGUGCACAACCUUAGGUAGUUUUUGUUGUUCGGUUUCUUUCUAGGAGCAUGUUUCCAGCUGCUAUGGUCUCUCCCCAUUCGGUAAGAGCUUAUAUAUAAACAUUCCACAGAUUGAUCCGA